UCCAUCACCAUUAUGUCUAAUAUCAUGAGUCAGCAAUACAAGGAUGUGAACGAUAAAUUAGGCUCGACGGCUAAACACAAAACCAACAGCCAUGGCGGUCGUUAUAAUAAUCCUUACGUCCACAUUACUACUCCCACAUCAGCUUCUGAUAAGAGGUCCAAGGAUAAGGUUUUUGAGGUGUUGAAUCGGUGUGGGAAGAAAGUAGAGGACGUUACUCGCAAAGCGGAAGCAUUAGCCGGCGGUUUAAAAGAUCACCUGAAGUUUAGUCCUAGCAUAGGUGAUGCAGCAAUGGCUAGGCUUUCUCAAGGCACUAAGAUGAUCGUUGAAGGAGGACCAGAGAGAGUGUUUCAACGAGAGUUUGGUGUUUUAGCUGCAGAGAAACUUUUAGAUUCGUUUGUUUGCUACAUAUCGACUACUUCGGGACCAGUGACCGGAGUGAUAUACAUUUCCAACAGAAGAAUCGCUUUUUGUAGCGACUAUGCCAUUCGUCUUCCUUCUUCUGUCGGUGGAAAUGGUGUUGCGGCAUAUUACAAGGUGGUGAUGGAGUGGGAGAAGAUACGUAGCAUUAGUUCAUCAACGAACGUGUUGAAGCCAAGUGAGAGGUAUGUGCAUAUGGUGACACAAGAUGGGUUUGAGUUUUGGUUCAUGGGCUUUGUCUCCUACAUCGAUGCUUUCAAUUGUCUCAGCAAAGCUCUCCUUAAUUCCCGUUGUGAUCGUGCCAUGUAAUCAAAUUCUAAUUAAGAAUUUUAUCAUCACUAAAAAGUCUUUAUAUAUCCAAUUUGUAAGAAUUUGGGUCGCCAUGGUCUGGUCUAGUGACAAAACUUUGUAAAAAAAAUUAAGGGUAUUAGCAAAAAAAAAUUAUUAAGUAAAUAACUCUUUGCA